GCUGUCCUCGAUCGACUCCUCCAGCUCUUUCCUCACAUGGAACGCCAGAUCCUUGAGAGAGCGUUGGUACAAUGCGGGGAUGAUCUAGAGGCUGCCAUUGGUAGGCUGCAGGAGCUUUGUUUGUGUCCUGCCGUGGAUAAUGGAGGAUUUUCUAAGGAGCCCGGUGUUAAUGCUGACCAAGGUGACAGAGAUGAUGCUGAUGCACCUGGUGAAUUGGGGAGUGUCGCAUUUCGGAUUUGGCUGCGACGUUUUGGGGUGCUCUUUUGGUUAAGAUAAUUGACGCAAAUGGGUUGAUUAUGGGCUUAAUGAGGUUGUGAGUUAUGGUGGAUUGGUGUUGAGAACAGUGGGAGGCAUUAGACUGCUUUGAUCGAAGUCUGAUGCUGAAAAGAUUUCUCCUGGGAAAUUUCAGGCUUUUCGGGCAUGGGGUUUCUUUGGGUAUCUUACCUGCAAUCCAUCCCUGUAUUGUGAAUUGGAGCAACCCCCAUCGCCCGACCAUGCUAGUGUACUUUUGCUGCUACGCUGCUCUUCAAAGGCCGCACAAGCCUCCCAACAAUGCAAUCGAUUAUGUACUCUCUCUCUCUCUCUAAUUUUUUAUCGCUUGUGGGUUUUUUGGGGUAGCAAUGUGAGAAAUUUCAGUGAACUCUGCUUUUGCUUGGAUUCAUUAAGAUAACAACCACUCUCUUUCGCUUGCUUCCAUGUCUAUCCAUGCACAAACGAGUGAAACUCUCUCUCUCUCUCUCUUCAUGAAUGUCGCUUUGUUCACGAAUCUCUUUCCUCUGUAAGAUCUAAAGCCAAAGUAAAAGACUUUAGAUUGUGUGAUGCGCAAUCUAAAGUUUUUAGUUUGGAUGUUCAGUCAUUAAGAGUAUAUGAAAAAGACUAAGGAUUCGUAGAUAUAAUUAUCAUAAACAGUCCGCAGCUCUCUUAAACAUUUUUAGCUGAACUCAGAUAGAGUUUGAAGUUUCAAUUAGCCAGUUGCACCUGGUUUCAAUAUAAUUUGGGAGUCUAAUAAUAGUCUGGUGGGUGUGGUUUGGCUAGGGAUGAGAUGACUAGGAAAAGGGACAAAUUUUGGGAGUAUGCAGAGCAAUUAGGUGGGGUUAAGUCACACUUAGCUUGCAUCCCCGAUCGUGACGUUGCUACAUGUACCAAGGUUCCUAAGGACGUUUCUAUAGCUUUUGAAGCAAUUAGCCGUCAUAAUAGGAAAGAUAAGAAAGAUAAAGAGUGUCUCAACCGACCACUUCAACACCACUUCUAGAGAUCCAUGUAAUCGACACUCCAAAAACAUCUUUAGAGAAAGGAUAGGAUUGCCUAGAUAAGUUGCUUGCAAAACAUGUUAUGUUCAAUAACAUUUCUGGAAAUGUAGAGUUCGCAUUUUGCGUGUUUCUUGCGCGAGGUUGAAAACUAUGGGCACGAUUAUGAAUUGCUUUCUUAUUCUGUUCUCACCACCAAGUCUAUCCCGAAAUUGAGUAUGGAAGUCGGUCAAUAUGUAAAUGGUGUCGAGAAAUCAUGUGCUUUAACAAGGUGUACGAUAAUUCUAGAUGGUUGGGUUAAAGUUCACGGAAACGCCUACCUAAACAUCAUUUUAUAUUCUCUAAAAAGUGCGAGCCUUGUGAAUACCGUUGAACUUAUGAAGAAUGAGUUGACAAAUAGGUCUUUUGUGGAUCAAUUGCAAUCUGCAAUGGAUGAAAUAGGACUUCACAAAGUUGUACAGUUCAUCACUAAUGAUUUGGGUAACCAUGAGCCCUUUUGGAAGACGUUUAUCCAAAGGUAUCCAAGUACCUCUUCAUGACAUUUUGUGCUGCUCAUGGUAUUCAGUUGCUUUUCGCAUAUAUCUUUCAAGGGGUUGAAUGGGUUGGAAGGACGAUGUGCGAUGUUAAUUUGGUGAAUGAUUAUCUGCACAAGUAUGCCUAGUUUUUGUCCUUGUCUGUGAAAUUCAGAGGCAAAAGGGAAUUGUGAGAUAUUCUUCCUAAUGAUUUAGCCUCAAAUUUUAUAAUGCUUCAGUGUACUCACAAUGCAAAAUCGGGGAUACAAUGUUUGGUUGCGUCUACUGAAUGGAGACACUUGAGACAUCUUGAGGAAGGACCAGUGAGCAAAGUUGUUACAGGUUCCAAAUUCACAGUGCCCAAACUACCAACGUUGAAAGAGGAAGAACAUCUCAACUGUCUUCAUUUAGUAGACGCAACCAAAUGUAGUAUCUUUGACUUUGCAUUGUGAAUACACUGAAACAUUCUAAAGUUUGAGGCUAAACCAUUAGGAAGAACAUCUCCCAAUUUCCUUUUGCCUCUGAAUUUCACAGACAAGGACAAAGACUCAGCAUACUUGUGCAGAUAGUCAUUCACCAAUUUAACAUCGCACAUCGUCCUUCCAACCCAUUCAACCUCUUGAAAGAUAUAUGCAAAAAGCAACCGAAUGCUGUGAGCAGCACAAAAUGUUAUGUAAAAAUACCUAGAUACCUUUGGACAAGCGUCUUCCGGAGGGGCUCGUGGUUACCCAAAUCAUUAGUGAUGAACUGUACAAGUUUUUGAAGUCCUAUUUCAUCCAUUGCAGAUUGUAAUUGAUCCACAAUAGACCUAUCUGUCAACUCAUUCUUCGGAAGUUCAAUAGUAUUCACAAGGCUUGCACAUUUUAGAGAAUAUAAAAUGAUGUUCAGGUAGACUUUUCCGUGAACAUUAACCUAACCAUCUAAAAUUACCGUACAUCUCGUUAAAGCACAUGAUUUCUCGACACCAUUUACAUACUAACUGACUUCCAUACUCAAUUUGGGAAUAAACUUCGUGGUGAGAACGGAAUAAGAAGGCAACUCAUAAUCGUGCCUGUAGUUUGCAACCCCACGCAAGAAACCCACAAAAUGCAAACUAUGAAGGACAUUUCCAAAAAUGUUGUCGAACAAAACAUGUUUUGCAAGCAACUCAUCUAGACAACCCCGUCCUUUCUCUGUAGAUGUUUCUAGCGUAUCAAUUAUCUAGAUGUCUAGAAGUGGUGUUGAAGUGGUCGGUUAAGACAGACUUUUAUCUUUCCAAUUUUGAGGGCUAGUUGUUUAAAAGCUAUAGCCUGAACAUCCUUAGGAACCUCGGUACAUGUAGCAACGUCACAACCGGGGACGCAAGCUAAGUGUGACUUAUCCCUCGGAAUUCCACCAGGGAAAUCACUCUUGCGGAAUUUACACCUGAAACAACCACCCAAUUGCUCUGCAUACUCCCAAAAUCUAUCCCUUUUCCUAGUCAUUUUGUCCGACACGCACCAGACUAUUAUUUAAACUACAAGCCAACUCCCAAAUUUUAUUGAAAGCAGUUACAACCUAAUGUUGGCUAAUUGACACUUCAAACUCAGUCUGAGUUCAGCUGAAAUGUUUAAGGAAGCUGGGGAUAGUUUAUGGUAAUUUUUAAGGAACAGCCAUUCAAGUCGCUUUGCUAAAUCCAGAAACUUGAGUAGUUGUGCAGAGCAGACCAGGAUCGACAGCUAAGCUGAACCUUGUCCUAUUCGAUGGUGAACUUGAGAAAGUUGAUUGGACAAGGGAACAAAUGGAAAGCCAUAUAACAUCCAAAGGGUGUGAGGAGAGAAAGCCGCUUCUAUUUGGCUACUUGCUAGUGACCCUAGAAUGAGGGAUCUGCACUUUUAGAUGCUAUGAUGCAGUGCAUAUCCGUGGGACCAUAUCCGAGGCUUUCACUAUUGAAGAUAGCCGUGGAGAAUUUGCCAAGAAGUGUUUCCCACUUCUACUACAGGACUUACGUCUGGAGAUUGGUUGGAAUAACGAUGGGUGGACAAGUGCACAAACAAUUAACUGGAGCUGGCAUUGUCACAGUCCGAGAUUUUCUCGGCCUUCUUUCCAGGGAUCAAUUAAGACUGAGAAAUAUCGUGGGUGGUGGAAUCUCCGAUGUUAUGUGGAAACAUACUCUGGAGCAUGCCAUGUCAUGUGUCUCCGAUGCCAAGCAGUACGUUUACUAUUGCAAUGAAGGCCAAUCCAAUGCCAUUCUUUUCAACUGGAACUAUGAGCUCAAAGGACACAUCUGUAAUAGACAAUUCUUAGAUAUGGGAUUACUUUCCAGCGAUCAAAAGAUCUACCUCGAAUCCAUGUCGAAAAUCACCUACCAGAAUUAUGACCAAAUCUCAGAAUAUGGUGGCGAUAUGUUCAACUUCGAUUCAGUGACGCAGUUCAAACAGCGUGUCGGCCUUCACCAGUGAUAACACCAUCGUAUGCUGUGUUGGUUACUCCCUUGGCACUCUUCAAAACCUGCAACAGUUUGUUUCCCAUGAAGCAGGGAAUAUCGAGAACUGCCUACAAGCUACAAUUUCUGACACAAUGAGCUCUAUGUUGACGGCAGCUCGUUCUGCUUUGAUGACUUCUCAUUUUCCAGUUCUGGGUGAUAUGCUUCUACCAUGGAAUGAACAGGACCUGGAAAAUGUGACCAUUCGGAGAUCUGAGACCGUUGGACAUUGGAAUGUUGCAGGUUCUAAUCGGACCUAUGAACCUUAGCGAAAUUGGAAGCCGAGAAAGGCUGCUAUGGCGUGGCUUAAGCUGAAAGCCGCUUUUGGGUGGGCGAUAACUAUAAAAUAGAUGGCUGCGACGAGACGGGUGAAGGAGCUGGAGUGCUUAGGCAUAAUAAUACCUUUGAUGUUACAACAUUUAGAGUCUAUACACAUUGGGUAUUCGUUGAUGUUCAGCUGGAUUGCUGAGAGGGAGGGAGGGAGGAUGUUUAGUGUAUUGAUUUAUACGUACUUUUCUUAUAUCAUUUGCAAUCAGAAAAUAUAUUGCAUCAGAAUAUAGUCCCUGUUUAGUUUCUCUGUACGGCAUUUCUAGCUACUUGGCACUAUUAUUUGGCAUCAUUUCUCCCAAAAAAAUCAGUCAAUAUCAACUUCUUGAACAAA